ACUGCGAGCACAAGUCAAGCGGAAGUCCGAUUGUUUUUAGACCAAACUUGUGAAAAGUUGCGGUGGUUCCGAGAGCGCAGUGCUUGUGUGUGCGCCAUGGAUCUGAAAUAAUGCGCUAUGGUGUGAGGAGUAAAACUGUCUUUUCUGCGCGCGGAUAGACCGCACUUGAAGAAGGCAGUCCACUGAAAAGCACGGGUCGUGGAGCUGCAGACGGAACAUAUUUGACAUUGUUUAGAGUAGCUGCCAACUUCGCCCUGCUCCUUUUUGCAGUGGAAUGUCGUAAACACGGUGACUAAACUCUACGGGAUGGGUACUAUGUGUUUGGUUGGGUGUGAUCGCAGUUCUCCGGUGGUGCCCGUGUGCGCCAGACCGCGGUGUCGCCACUGAUCGUCGGCCCACGGGACCCCGGUGGUGCCAUGUCCGUGCAGCUGCUGCAGCCUGUCAUCAGCCCUUCUGUGUGUGUGUGAUGGCCCAGUGCGGUCCUGCAGAGCCCAGCCCCGGUGCUAACGCCGCUGUGGAGCCCAGUGGAAAGCCUGUGCUGUUUGAGAUCUUUGGAGAGAUUUGGACUGUGCAAGCCCGGCUGGGGCAGGGGGUGUCCGCCUCCGUGUACCAGGUGAGCUCCGGCAGAGCCAGCACCGCAGCUGUCAAAGAGUUCCAGGCCGAGUCUCAUGGAGGGGACUACGGCUUCCACAAAGAGAGGAGCGUACUGGAAGACAUCCAGGGACACAAGAACAUCGUGACUUUGUACGGCGUGUUCACACACCACAGUGGCCUGGGGGUGUCCACACGCUGUCUGCUGCUGGAGUUGCUGGACGUGAGUGUCUCCGAGCUGCUGCUGAGGGCUGGCACCACACGCUGCCACAGGCAGCAACAGGGUCACUCCAUGUGGCUGGUGCAGCACUGUGCCAGGGAUGUUCUGGAAGCUCUGGCCUUCCUCCACAGAGAGGGCUAUGUCCACGCUGACCUCAAACCACGUAACAUUCUGUGGAGCGCAGACGACCAGUGCUUCAAACUCAUCGACUUCGGCCUCAGCUUCAAGCAAGGAAACCAGGAUGUGAAGUACAUCCAGACCGACGGGUACCGGGCCCCAGAGGCUGAGUUGCAGAACAGCCUGGCUCAGGCCGGGGUGGAGCUAGAGAUCCACUGCACUGUAGCUGUGGACCUAUGGAGUCUGGGCAUCAUCCUCCUUGAAAUGUACUCAGGAACCAAGCUCAAGGACACUGUGCGUUCACACGAGUGGGAGGACAACAGUGCAGCUGUUAUUGACAAGAUCUUUGGCAGCAAGAGUGAGGCGCACCCUGCUAUUCCCGUGUACCACCUCCGAGACCUGAUCAAGAGCAUGCUGGUGAAGAAUCCUCAGCAGAGAUGCACUGCAGCCACUGCACUGCUCAGCCCCUUCUUCAGUAUCCCCUUUGCCCCACACAUUGAGGAGCUGGUGCUGCUGCCCUCUCCUGUUUUGCGCCUGCUCAACCUCAUCGAUGACAGCCACCUGCAUAAUGAGGAUGAGUAUGAAGACAUCUUGGAGGACAUGAAGGAGGAGUGUCAGAAGUAUGGCACUGUGGUGUCUUUGCUUAUUCCCAAAGAGAAUCCCGGCAAAGGACAGGUCUUUGUGGAGUACUCCAGCUCCAGUGAUGCCAAAGAGGCCCAGAGACUGCUGACAGGACGCACCUUUGACGGGCGCUUUGUGGUGGCCACCUUCUACCCUUUGAGAGCCUACAGGAGGGGCUACCUCUAUCAGACGCUGCAGUGAGGCCCAUCAGAGUCUACAGGAGGGGCUACCUCUACCUGACACUGCAGUGUAAAGGAGAACUAGACCUGUGCACAAAUCAAACUUGUAUAGACUCUAAAAGGCACAUGAGACAUAGUUGCAUGCAAGAAAAAAAAAAUCCCAUUAGCCUUACACUCCGUCCCUACAGGUUUUUAACACGCUGAUGUUUUGCUCAAGCUUCACUGCAGUUUUAUCAUGAUUUCCUGUUUUGUUUAAAAUCUGUGUGGCCCUGUGAAGUACAACAGUAUGUCCUCAGCCCCAGGUUUGACCUUUGGGUGUCUCAGUGGACAAGAUGACUGCCCCCUGCUGUGUCAUAACGCUUGCACAGUGCAGUUCGAGCCGAGAGUUGAUGACCAAAAGCCUUCAUCUCUAUCUAAAUGAGUUGGAUACAGUUUUAUUGCAUUUAUUUAUUUCCCAUUUUAAAUUAAGCUUAUGAUGAACUCUGUCGUCUAUCAAAACAGUGCAUAUAGUAAUAUUAAUAAAUAAUAAAUAUGUAAUUUAUCAUAUAUCAGUAUGCCAUUCAUAAAAUGUUAUGGGUGGAAAAAUACCUCUCUCUUAACAUAAGUGCCAAAAGGCUAUAUGUUGUAAGUCCCUGUUUAAUUUUUCUCUGAGUAGUUUGUGUAAUAAGGCAUGCUUUUUUCAGGUACUUAGGUACUCAGAGGCCCCUCCCCUUUGUAGUGCCAUUUCACUUAAACAACUUCAGUGUGCAGUGUCAUCUAUGCCUCUUUAGCCUCUUUCGUAGCAUCAGAAUUGGAAAGUCUAUUAUUUCUGUCUCCUGGCUGUGUUGACACUGGAUGUGUUGCCGAGGGUCUAAGGACGGUCUAAGGAUGUUCUGGGGCAUUUGAUCCAUUUGCUUGUUUUUUGUUGAUUCAUUUGCUUGUCUGUUUCUCUUUCUUUGUUGAUUUUCUAACUUUCUGUUGGUUAAUUAUGAUGUUUAGCCCUAAGAGGCAACUGCUGUUGUAAUUUUGGGCUUUACAAAAAUAAAUUGAAUUGACAUGACACUAAGCACUGUGAAUAUUAAGGUUUUGUUAAAUGUAUUUAUUAAAUCUGCUUUGAGAAUGUGAGAGACGUGAGACAUGGUCACAUCUGUGCAGUGUGAACAAACCUUCAGGAAAUCUUUUAUCUUUUAAGUCUUUUGACUUUCAAGUGCUUUUGACAGGUUAGGCUACCUGUCAUUAAAACGUAGUUAACAUUUUAUAGUACACAGCCCUGUGUAUGACUCCUAGACACUACCACAUCCCUGUGUGCGACCCCUACACACGGCCACAGCCUUGUGUGUGACCCUUACAUACUAUUACAGCCCCAGUGGCUCAGUGGCUAACACUCACAGCGAGAAGGUCCCAGGUCCCUGGAUUGCUGGCAUUUUUGUGUGGUGCUUGCAUGUUUCUUCCUGUGUCUGGGUGGGUAUCCUCCAUCAACCCAAAACAUGCACAAAAGGUACAAUACCCCAGCAGUCCUGACCAAGCAUAGCUCAAGAUCGUGAGAUGGGUCCCAGAGCAUUGUGCGAUAGUAUCUCUGACCCCUACACACUAGUACAGCCCUGUGUAUGAUCCUUACACACUACAGUGAAUAUGCUGUAGCCUAGACUCUUCCACAUGACAAGCACAAAAAGAUGAGGGUUUAUGGAAAAUCUUUAGAGUGAACCACAGCAUCUUUAUUUUUGUACAUUUAUAAGAUACACUGUAGCGCUGUGACUUGGCCCAUGUCUCAACUAGCCCUGUUAUUUCUUUGCCUGACAUGAAAAUGUGCUACCAUGAAACAUCUUGAAAGUGACUGUAAAGCUUUGGAUGUAGAAAUUUUAACCUAUUUAUUUUUAUAUUCUCCCAAUAACGUGCUUCCUGUAUUGUGUGAGUUUAUGCUCAUUCUUUGCUUCUUUCGUGGGACUGUAGCCUCUGGUGGCACACAUAGCACAUAUUUAGGCUACUUUGUAGUUCUUCCAAAUAAAGUGCACUUGUGCUGUUGGUUUCAUUUCAAGAGAC